AAUAAAAAAGUGUCUCAAAACGGCAAAUUGAUGCCCAAUCUAGACCAACACAGCACAAAGCUCCUUAACUUAACAGUUCUUCAACGAAUUGACCCUUUUGUCGAGGAAAUUCUCAUCACUGCUGCUCACGUCACCUUCUAUCAGUUCAAUAUCGAACUCAGCCAAUGGAGUCGCAAAGACGUGGAAGGAUCUCUCUUUGUCAUCAAGAGGAAUACACAGCCUCGUUUUCAGUUCAUCGUGAUGAACCGGCGGAAUAGAGAUAAUUUGUUUGAAAUUCUUUUGGGGGACUUUGAGUAUGAGGUCCAGGUUCCAUAUCUCUUAUAUCGAAAUGCUGCCCAAGAAAUGAAUGGCAUUUGGUUCUACAAUGCAAGUGAAUGUGAAGAAGUUGCAAAUCUUUGUAGCAGCAUACUUGGUGCCUACUUCAAAGUUCCUCAGAAGUCAAAGGUAUCACCAACUAAAAGUGAUUUUGAGGAACUGGAAGCUGUACCAACUAUGGCUGUUAUGGAUGGUCCUCUGGAGCCACCAGCAUCAACUGCUUCCAAUGUCACUGAUCUGCCAGAUGAUCCGGCCUUUGUGAACUUCUUUAGUACAGCAACGACUUUUGGGAAUGCUUCAAAUGUGACAGCUGUUGGGCAACCUCGCCGAUCUUCAACUCUGGUCCCUUUACCUUCCCAUCCAGCUAGUGUACCCACUGCCACUGUGCCAAGCUUGCAAAUACCAUCUCCUUCCUUGUCACCAUCUACUCCUUUAAUGGCAAUCCUCGAUGUCCCUCAUGCCAAAAGCACCGGCAACCAAACCACUAAUCUUGUAAAGCCUUCUUCAUUUUUUGUUCCUCCACCGUUAUCUUCUGCACGGAUGAUGCCGCCUGUCUCUUCAUCCAUUCCUACUGCUCCACUUAAUCCUACUGUGAGUCUACGAUGCCCGUAUGGAGCUCCAUUGCUUCAACCAUUUCCACCACCCAAUCCUCCACCAUCUCUCACUCCUGCCUCUGUUCCUACUGCAAAUUAUGGACCAGUUAUUAGCAAAGAUAAAGUUCGAGAUGCACUUCUGGUGCUUGUUCAGGACAAUCAAUUUAUUGACAAAGUGUAUCGAGCACUGCUGAAUGCACACCAUUCUUGAUCAAUUGGAAUGGGUCAUCACCAUCCAAUCGUAGGAGUUUUUGUUCUGUGUAGCACUUUUUUCCCACCAAGUGGAGAGCAUAUCAGUAUAGCAUUUUGCUCAGUUUGAUGACCAAACUCAUCUUAAUAUAUAUCAUUUGUCUUUUUAUUUUUUCUGAUGCUGAUUAAUACAUUCCAAUAUUUGGUCAUUCCACACUUGUGUUCAUAGGAAUCGUUGUAGUUGCUAACCUUAGCAAGCCACUGAUGCCUAGUGAGCUUGGCUAUUGAUUUUCUUUGUGGUGAUCUCAGGGCUGUAUCUAUUUCCUUUAGUUGUUUGCACUGUAUAUUUUAUUGUGCAUUUCCAAACAAAAGAAUGUGAAUGGGAAUAAAUAAUAAAAUAUAUUCUUUUGCUAGUAA